CAUGCAAAGUAGACGUGGUGUAAUAUCUGGUAUUCCUGACGAACUCUACAACAUUCCUGAUCUCCAUGGUUUUGAGGAUUGCACUUGCACUUGUAGAUGACUUACAAUUUUGUAAACCAUACACAACCACAAAACCAGCCCCAGCCGGCAUUGAGUUUCUUCAGUUAGUGGAUAUAGUCAUGGAAGAGGAUUGGCCAAUGCCAAGCAACUAUGAAGAGGCCUUAGACCUCUAUAUCAAUCUACUGAACGAAAUGGGGUGAACUACUCGCUUUCUGCUGUCAUUUGCUUGUGCCCAUGUCAAAAAUUAACUAUAGU